CCGGAGAUCUCCUGGGAGAUCCGUGCCUCAUCAUAAGGGCAGCCUCUUGAUGUCGUGAUGACCUCAGGGGCCUGGCCAGGAUCCCUCAGCCCUGCUCCACGGAAGGGCCACACCAGCAGGGCUGCUUCGGGGACGGUGGGGACAAGGGAGGAGAAGCAGAAGGAACAUCCCCUCGGCAUCACCUCCGCUCCCAGGUGUCAAGAACAGCAACACGAGCCUGGACAGACGAGAUGCCCUUCGUCAAAUACCCCCGAAGAGUUGACCCCCUUUGGCACGAAUGGGAUCGGAAGGCGCAGAAGUGCGGGUUGAGGCACACGGUUUAUGCUGUCAACGGAGACCGCUACAUUGGGGAAUGGCUGGACAAUGUCAAACACGGCAAAGGAACACAAAUAUGGAAAAAAUCCGGAGCGAUCUACAGCGGAGACUGGAAAUUCGGAAAACGGGACGGCUUCGGGACUUACAGUAUUCCAGACCCUGUGACAAAAGAUUAUAAGAAAGUAUAUUCCGGCUGGUGGAAAAAUGACAAAAUGUGGGGCUACGGAGUCAAGUUCUACUCCGAGGGAGAGUAUUACGAGGGCGAAUGGGCCUGGGGGAAGCGACACGGCUGGGGGCGGAUGUACUACAAAGACGGGGCCAUCUACGAAGGCCAGUGGUCCGAAGACCAGCCCGGCGGUCAAGGGAUGUUCCGCUGUAAAAAUGAAAACCGCUAUGAAGGUUCAUGGAAAGACGGAAAGAAGCACGGCCCGGGAAAAUUUAUCUACCUAGAUACCGGCCAGCUCUACGAAGGUUACUGGGUGGCAGACAUACCGAAGUGUGGCACCAUGAUUGAUUUUGGCCGGGACGAAGCUCCGAUGCCCACUAUAUAUCCCAUCCCCAAGGUUGAACUGGCGGAUCCAGACGGAGUCAUCGAAGAAGCUGUUCUGAUAUUACAAAAUGCCGAAAUAUUCACUUUUCAGCCCCAGAAAGAACGGGGAUGAUUUUAAUCCUGCAGACAUUUUCUCCGGUCAAAGUUGCUUUUUAACGGAAAGGACUCUCUCUGAUGGAUGCCAUUCCUUGGAAUAUAUUAUCCUGGCUGUC